AAGGUAGUUUGGUACAAUGAUAAUGAUAAUAGGUAAGACACCUUACGAAAAAGACAUUCUUAAUCACUACUAUAUAAAAGAAACUAAAUUGGAGCUUUCUAAGUACUGCCACAUGGGCACAAAUAUUCCUAGCCAAUGAAACUGCCAUGUCAUCUUGGACUAGGCUUAGAAUUAAUAAAAUAAGUAGGCUGCACAACCCAUUUAAACCAUUUCGCAGCCCAAUAUGUUAAUACGAUACGGAAAGAAAAAAGGAAAUAAGCUUAAAAAUGCUUUUGACUUUUGGAAACGGAAGAGUUAGUUUGAAACCUAGAGCUAGAGAAAAUAACGAUUCCGAUUCUUCAUCCUCUCCGAUUCAAUCCAUCUUAAUGAUGCCUCCUUCCGAUCCAUCAGAUAAGGACUCCAAGCCGUUUGUGGAAACAGAUCCCACCGGCGGAUACGGCCGUUACGACGAGCUCCUAGGCUCCGGCGCCGUCAAAAAAGUCAACAGAGCCUUUGACCAAGAGGAAGGCAUCAAAGUCGCGUGGAACCAAGUCAAGCUCAGCUGUUUCUCCGACGAUCCCGCUGUGAUGGAAAGGCUUUACUCGGAGGUGAGGCUCCUCAAGAGCCUCAAGAACAGCAGCAUCAUCGCCUUGUACAAGGUGUGGAGAGACGAGAGGAGCAACACGCUGAACUUCAUCACCGAGAUUUGUACCUCGGGAAACUUGAGAGAGUAUAGGAAGAAGCAUAGACACGUGUCAAUGAGAGCUUUGAAGAAGUGGUCUAAGCAUAUACUCAAGGGAUUGGUUUAUCUCCACACGCAUGAUCCUUGCAUCAUCCAUAGAGAUCUUAACUGCAGCAACGUUUUCGUUAAUGGAAACAUCGGUCAGGUUAAGAUUGGCGAUCUUGGAUUGGCUGCAAUCGUGGGGAAGAACCAUUCAGCUCACUCGAUCCUCGGGAUACCAGAGUUCAUGGCUUCUGAGCUAUACGAUGAGGAGAACGACCUACGAACACGCGACGGACGUGAUAUCUCUCCGCGGCUGAGGGAUUCGCAGUCGAGAAGAAAGGAGAAGGAGAGAAGACUAAAUCGAGACGAUAGUGUUUUUGAGAGAGGAAGAGAAAGUACCUUUAGAUCCGGAUCCUGUAGACGUGGAGCAGCUAGCUUGGCGACUGGUGUCCUCCACCCCAUCGGCGGAGGGAGAUGCAGAGGUGCUGCCACUUCCAGAUUCGCCGCUCCAGGAGAGCGGAGUCUUCGGACUACCUCUAACCGAAUCCACAUCCUUCUUCAACGUAACGCCACCAAAUGCUUAUGAUCCACAUGUGAACACGUGAGAUCCAGGAAACAAUCUAGAUAUUUUCGAUGAGAUUGUUAGUAAAGUUUGGAUGAGAUCAUCAAUUAUACAGUUUAUAAGCCUCACUAAACUAAAUAUUUAGUUUGUUUAUUAUGUUCGUCAAAGGGAUAGUACCUGG